AUGGGAUUCUUUUAUGAUUAAAAUCUCAAAUAGUUUCAGAGUCUGAAUAAAAGAGCAUACCUUAAGAUUGUACCAGCUCUAAUAAGAUUUUGUAAAAUCACUUAAAUCAAGAGAUUAAUUAUGGUUAGAAAUAAUAACAAACUUGUAUUUUUCUAUCCAGGAGUCUUAGCUACUAAUCACAAAUUUUCAGAUGAGUUUUAUCUACCUUUUGACGAGGUACUACCCUAAAACAUUGUAGACUUUGAUUUAGAGAGACUUGUAAUAUUCCCAAGAGAUCCUAAAGAAGACCUAAAAAAAUGCUAUAUAUAUAACAUUUUAGAUGACUGGCAUUUGAAGUUGCUUUAUCCUAUGAAGGAGAAAAGAAAUUAAACAAUCUUUGUCAAGGUCUUAAAUAGCUUCAUUUAUGCUAUAGGUGGUAAUGCUAAUGGCUCUUGUGAGAGGUUAGACGUGCUUGGUGGUUAAGGAAUAAACAUAGAUUAGAAGUUUAUAUACGUGUUUUUCAAUCAGCAAGUUCAUGGUGGGUUACAGAUUUAUAGACUGAAUAUCGAGGACUAAGAAAAUGAUGUAGAUAAGCCAUUGAUUCAUGUGCCAAAAGCAAAAUGGAUACAAAUUUCUGUAAGAGUUCCGAGAAAAUUCCUGUUGUGUGUCCUGUAGCAGGAUUAAUAUGCCAAUGAGCUUAUUAUAUUUGGAAGGGUUCAACAAUAUGGACAUGAUUUUGAACUUAGUGUUGUUCAUUAUAAUGAUUAUUAUGCAUUGAGGGAUGCAAAAGAGUCGAUCAAUAAUAAUUGGGUAUAGCCAUAAUCGUUCCACCACACAAUUCAUCGAGAUAAAAUUUACUAUGCAGGGAGCACUAUACUAUUAUAAAAGAUUAGAAAUUUGAACCUCAAAGAGUUCAAAAUAGAACUGAAUCUUUAAUUAGAAAGAAAAAACGGAAGUGCUUGA